AUGGCUAACCACUCACAAUUCAACUUCCAAGACGCCUCCUCCCCAAUCAUAGAAGAACUAAUAGGAUUCCACGACCACGCCUUAAUGGUCGCACUAUCAAUCUGCACCUUAGUGCUUUAUCUACUAACCCACAUACUCACAGAAAAACUGUCAUCUAGCACAGUAGAAGCACAAGAAAUCGAACUCGUCUGAACCAUUCUCCCAGCUAUAGUACUAGUAACCCUUGCCCUCCCAUCCCUACGAAUCCUAUACAUAAUAGACGAAAUCAACGAACCCGACCUUACUCUAAAAGCCAUCGGUCACCAAUGAUACUGAACAUAUGAAUACACCGACCUAAAAGACCUAACAUUCGACUCUUACAUAAUCCCAACAUCAGACCUGCCCCUGGGACACUUCCGACUGCUAGAAGUAGACCAUCGAGUUGUAGUUCCAAUGAGCUCUACAAUUCGAGUCAUCGUCACCGCCGAUGACGUACUUCACUCAUGAGCAGUUCCAAGCCUAGGUGUAAAAACCGACGCAAUCCCAGGCCGACUCAACCAAACUUCCUUCCUCGCCUCCCGACCCGGAGUUUACUACGGACAAUGCUCAGAAAUCUGCGGAGCUAAUCACAGUUUCAUACCAAUCGUAGUAGAAUCCACCCCUCUCGCCAACUUCGAAAGCUGAUCUUCACUGAUAGCCUCCUAA